AUGCGGUUCAUCGCCGCCGCAGCUGUAUCUGGAGACAAAGCAUCAGGUGGACCGAUAUCGACCUCAACCAAGUCACCCUCUACCGACCUCCAGUUCAGUCAAGGACCAUCAGGACAAACCCCCGUCGAGACCGUCGUCGCCUUCGAAACCGGCGCCACCCACGAGCUUGAUAUCGAAAUCGUUGCAAACAUUGAUAACGUCGGAUGCAUGGUUGGGCGUCUACAAAAAUUCCAAGCGACAUUCAAACAGUCCAGGUAG